AACACGUGUCUUAUGACAUCAUCACAGCGCGACGGAUUCAUAUCAACAAACAGCAGAAGCUUUCUGUGGCGAACUUUCGCCGGAGAUUUUCAUUAUUAUAAGUGAAUGCCCGUGGUGUGUCACUAGCUGCUGCCUUUGGAAUGGGCCAGCAGAUCUCAGGACAAGCGGCGCGUAUCCCUGAGAAGUUGCUCAAACAUGUCGGCUUGAUGCGGGACAGCGGCUACCUCACCUACGAGGAGUUUUUGGCCAGGGUGGCGGAGCUCAAUGACUUGACUGCUAAAUUAGCUGCGGGGCAACACAAGCACCUGCUGUUUGAGGUCCAACCGGGAUCGGAUGCCAGCGCCUUGUGGAAGGUAGCUGUUCGGAUCCUUUGCACUAAGAUCAACAAGACCAACGGCAUGGUUGAGGCGUCGCGCAUCAUGAAUCUGUACCAGUUCAUCCAGCUGUACUGUGACAUGACCAGCCAAGCCGCCGGUGUGGUGGCCGCAGAGGCCGCCGCCGCCGCCGCCACCACCACCAAUCCAGAGGCUUCUUGCAUGCCACCUCUCGCCCCUGACUCCUGUCAGGCCAGCAUGUGGAUGGGCAGAGUGAAGGAGUUGACUGAUGACGAGGAGUGCUGCAUCUGUAUGGACGGCAAAGCCGACCUCAUCCUGCCGUGCACUCACCGCUUCUGCCAAAAGUGCAUCGACAAAUGGAGCCGCAACUGCCCCAUGUGCCGCCUCCAGGUGACGGCCGCCAACGACUCGUGGGUGAUGUCCGACUUCCCCACCGAGAACGACAUGGCGGGAUACAUCCUCAACUUGGCCGACGAGGCGGGACACCCGCAUCAGCCUUGACGCGACAAGUAAACAAAAAAACACGUCACUUUCACUGAACAUUCUCUCGUGGUUGGGAGUAGGUGUGCUGCAAAAUGUUGCAGGAGGUCACGUGACACCAGAACCUCCAAAGUGGAACAAUCUGUUCCACGAAAAAAAUUGUCUUUCCCAUCGGAACUCAUGUUCUCGGGUCAAACUAGUGCCAUCAUAAAAUCCUCAUCCGCAAGGAGAGCCGCAGUCACUGAUGCACUUUUCUUGAACGGGAUAAACAUUUACCCAUACAAAUACAAAAUAAGACACCCGCAAGGAGCUGCUGUGGGCCACAACUCACGCCCAAGCGCUCACGCGCAAACUUAACGGCCAACUUGACUCAUGAGGCCACGCCCCUUAAAGGCACACAUACAAUACAAUGUACUGUAUUACUGUAAAUUCUCUUCUACUCUCUUCCAUUCGCUCCUGUAAUGUUGUUUCACAUUACUGUAGUCAUUUUUUAAUGACAGAAUAUAUGAGUUACGAACUGGGUCAUGAAACUGACAUUGAGGUAGCACAGUACACCAAGUUGUGGUUGUCACUUCUCACUGCCUUUUUGAUUUCACCGCAUUUAGCUUCAGAGAAAACAGGAAGUUCACAUGAAGGGAACACAUUUUAGUCAAAAACGUGCUUUUUUUUUUUUUCCUCCCAGUUGUUAUGAACCAGCAUGUUGCUAUGUAAUUAAUAUCCCUGAUGAGCUUAUGAAAAUGAAUGACAUUUAGUUUGAAGAAUUGUGCGCCUUAUUUUUACCAUUUAUGUGAAAUGUUCACAUUUAAUCUGCACACGAAGUACUGUACUUUGUUCCAGAUUUUUCUGAGCCUUUUAUUGAGUGUUUGAAACGUAUCUCUCUGAAAAUGUGUUGAAUUGUUCUAAUUAGUGGAAAGCUAUAUAUUAGAUGGAUUAGUUACCUUUAUUGCUGUGUAUAUCCAGAAUUCAUUUAUAAAAUCUAUUUUGGGUGGAUUCGGGGUUUAUUUCGUAAAAAUAUAAUCCAAAAAAUGUAUAUUGUUCGAUUUUACCCGAUUUAUUGCUGACUUUGCUGUAAUGUUUGCACUACAACAAAUUAUAUCAUUCGUUUAUUUAUUUUA